AUGGCUCUUUAUGAGGAGAAUAUUAAGGAAGAGAUAGACAUUCUUAUUGAAAAAGACUUAAAGAUAACAGCUAAGGAGAGUGUAGUUCUUAAAAUCAGAGAACUACUACAGCCCUCUUCGACUGCAGCCCCUCCAACCCCCACCACACAGGGAGGAGGCGGGGCAACCUCUACAACCCCCACCACACAGGGAGGAGGCGGGGCAACCUCUACAACCCCUACCACACAGGGAGGAGGCGGGGGAAGCAGCAGCACCACCCGUCCCGAGGUGGAAGAUAGUAGCAGCAGCACCACCACCCAUCCUGAGGUGGAAGAUAGUAGCAGCAGCACCACCCAUCCUGAGGUGGAAGAUAGUAGCAGCAGCACCACCCAUCCUGAGGUGGAAGAUAGUAGCAGCAGCACCACCCAUCCUGAGGUGGAAGAUAGUAGCAGCAGCACCACCCAUCCUGAGGUGGAAGAUAGUAGCAGCAGCACCACCCAUCCUGAGGUGGAAGAUAGUAGCAGCAGCACCACCCAUCCUGAGGUGGAAGAUAGUAGCAGCAGCACCACCCAUCCUGAGGUGGAAGAUAGUAGCAGCAGCACCACCCAUCCUGAGGUGGAAGAUAGUAGCAGCAGCACCACCCAUCCUGAGGUGGAAGAUAGUAGCAGCAGCACCACCCAUCCUGAGGUGGAAGAUAGUAGCAGCAGCACCACCCAUCCUGAGGUGGAAGAUAGUAGCAGCAGCACCACCCAUCCUGAGGUGGAAGAUAGUAGCAGCAGCACCACCCAUCCUGAGGUGGAAGAUCGAUUCUGCAGCCUCUACAGCAUCUGCUACCCCCCGACAGCCCACACAGGGAGAAGACAGGCCAAGCAGCAACAGAAUCGUUUAGGGAACAACGGAAACCAGAAAAGAACAAACAAAUUCAAGGAACGAAAGCUGAAGAAGUGGCCAGAUUCCACUACUUGA